AAGUUGUUUGUAAAAUUCUUGAUAAAAACUCUCUAAUAACUAAAAUUAUUGAAGGCUUUAAAGAAAAACUUAAAGAAUCUGAUAAUAAAGAUUUUAAUAAAGCAGAUAACAGUAUUGAAACAACAAUUAUAAGUACAAGUGAAGCACUAAAAAGUUUAGAAGUAAUGCAUACAUUUUUACUUCAGCAAAAAGAAUCAA